AAGUUUUGCCAGAGAUAUCAACAUUAGAUGGAAUAGUACUUACAAAUUGAUUGCACAGAUCCUAAGAUAUAAAGAGGAACUUGCUGAAUUUUUUAGGGAUGAACUUCGUAUAAUCAUUAAUCCUUUUGAAUUUGUUAUUGUUGAAAAAUUGAAUGCCGUAUUAGAAGUUUUUAAUAACGCAACUCUUACUUUUUCCCAUGUUUACCAACCAACUACAAAUACAUUUUUUAAAGAGUGCAUUACAAUCGCAACAUGUUUUCGUGAAAGUAUGGCUGAUCCAGAUUUGUACCCUUAUGUCUCUCCUAUGAGAGAUAAAUGGUGUACUUAUUAUUUGUACAUUCCUGAUAUUUAUAAAAUAGGUAUUAUUUGUGAUCCACGAUUUAAGAUUGAAAAUUUUAAAAUUCUAAUUGAGUAUUACUACAGUUGUUUUUUAGAUAAAAAUAGUUAUUACUACAGCUAUUUAGUAGAAUGGAAAAAUGAAAGAGAUAAUGCUAUAACUCUUUUUGAGGAUUUGUUUAAGGAAUAUCAAGUGUUAUACGAGAUGGAAGAUUCACAAGAGAAUGGUAAGCGAAAGGAUUAUAAAACUUGGUCAACCGAAGAGAGUAACAAAUUGCUACAAUUGAUGGUUGAUGGAGCAAAACGUGGUCUACGUGAUGUUAAUGGAGUCAUUACAAAACAAACAGUGGAAAAGAAACUUCUUCCAAAACUUAAGGAACAACUUGGUUAUGAAAUUAGUUUUAGUCAAUAUCAAAGUAGAGUGAAAUGGUUUAAGAAACAAUACUCUAAUUACUCUAAGCUUCUACGCCAUAAUUCUGGAUUUGGGUGGGAUGCAACCACAAAGAAAUUCACUGCUCCUAAUGAAGUAUGGGAAGAUUACUUAAAGUCUAAUCCAACACAUGGAUUUUUUCGGACAGAUACUUUUUCAGAUUAUGAUGACUUGAGAAUCGCGGUAGGAAAUGGAACUGCAACAGGCAUGAAUGCAAUUGGCCUUGGCAAUGACACAGAUGCCACUAUAUUAGAAGUAGAAGAAGAAGAUGAAGUUGAUGGUAGAAGUUUCAACAAAGUGUUGAAGGCUUUGAAUACAAUAGCACCAGAUUUUAUGGCUAAACCAGAGACCGUACCAUACAUCAUCAAGGAGAGCACAAGGUUUUAUCCUUACUUUAAGGAUUGCGUUGGAGCGAUAGACGGGACCCAUAUUCCAGCAAUGGUAGUUGGGCGUGAAGUGAGUAGUUACCGGAAUCGUCAUGGGACUAUAUCUCAAAAUGUCUUAGCUGUAUGUAAUUUUGAUCUGCAAUUCAUUUACGUGCUUAGUGGAUGGGAGGGAUCUGCCCAUGAUUCAAAAGUUUUAAAUGAUGCACUUUCUAGACCAAAUGGGCUCAAAGUGCCAUCAGCUCCGGAUGAAGACACAACAAAUGAAACAGAUGAGAGUUUUGAAUGGGAUGAUACUCAGACACAAGAUCAACAACGAGAGAAAGCUAACGAAUGGAGAUUGAAUCUUGCAAAUCAUAUGUCGGCAACAACUAAUAGUAGUAAUAUGGAAUUCGGAUUCGGCAUCGCGGGUUCCUCCGGCAGCGGAAUGAGUUCCGAAGUUCCGGUCGAAACCACCUCGGUCGCCAUGGUUAUGCCUUCCUCACCGCUGCCCUUCGGGUCAAGUUUGGGGGCCGCCACCAUGACCUCCUUCUCGAUGCCGAGCUCGAUCUUUGGGUCGGCCCCUCGACCCAUUCCUGGGCUCGAAACCACGGGGGAUAACCCCGUUGGCAAUUUGAACCCGUUUCUCAGACCGACUAUGGCUUCGGCCUCGACGGUCAAUCCUUUUGUUGGACCUCAUUGGGCGAGCAACGGGCCUUUCCUCCAUACGCCCAAUGCAAUUGGGGCUAUCUCAGUGCCUGCUAGCUCGGUCCAAAGGCCACCGAAGUUCAAUGGCACAAACUUCAAAAUGUGGCAACAAAAGAUGAUGUUCUUUUUUACCGUCCUGGGAUUUGCUGAGUACCUGCAGCAAGAUGGGGCCCAGCUCAAUGAAGCCAACGACCCCCUUGUGGCGAUGGUGAACCAAGCAUGGUACCACAACAAUUAUCUCGCCAUCAAUAUUAUUCUUGAAGGGCUGGGAGAUACGUUGUACCCCGUCUAUGCCGGUGCCAAGCUUGCAAAAGAGCUUUGGAAUAGCUUGAACAAAAAGUAUCAAGCUGAAGAUGCCGGCACGAAGAAGUUCAUCGUCGGGAAGAUGCUGGACUACAAGAUGGUCGACAGCAAAUCUGUUAUCGCCCAAGCUGAAGAGCUUACGGUUAUCUUCAAUAAAUGCAAUGAAGAGAAAGUAGGCGUCAGCGAGGCCUUCCAAGUGGCGGCCAUCAUCCACAAACUUCCCCGGUCGUGGGAAGACUUCCAAGCCGACCUCAAGCUCAAAAGAACGGAGCUAAACCUGGAGCAACUGCUCACGCGUUUGAGAAUCAGAGAGGAGGGGCUUGCCAGAAGAGGUGGAGGGGCAAAGGCGAAUGUGGUAGAACAUCCGUCGGGCUCUUCACAUGGCGGGAAGGACAAGAAGAAAAUGGGUCCUAAGGGUGGUGUUUCAAAAUUUGCAGGGAAGUGCUACAAUUGUGGCAUUACCGGGCACCGUUCCUCCGACUAUAGGAAAAAGAAGCCAGAGAAAAACAAGAAGAAAACCACCGAAGCUAUGUGUGCAGAGCUCGACAACCUGGACCUCUGCGCAGUCGUCACCGAGGUUUCAACUUCAGAGUUAUUGCGAGUUACAUGAAUUAAUUUUCAUUCAUGUGGGGGAUUGUUGGAAAUUUUAAAGUAAAUUGGACAUUUUCGGACAUAAAUUUGGUAGGGUCCACAAAAUUAUUUUCCAAAAUAGUUAUGGACGAUUAAUCUCGUAAGUAAGAUGAACAUCUUGACAUAUGACACGUCAUAAACGGUGCUCGGGUGAAUGAAAAAUUAAUUCUCAAAGUUGAAUAUUAAGGCAGAGUAAAUGCCUUUGUCCCAC